CAGGGACAGACCGAGCCGAGCCAAACCGAGGCAGGCUGAGUGUAUGUGUGUGUGAGUGAGAGAAAGUGUGUGUGAUUUGGAUUAUUAUCGUUUUUUUUACCUGCGGAACCACCUGAGUUCAGCUCCGCCCCUUUCCGUUCAUGAGAAGAGAGGCGAGAAGAGAAGAAGAAGAAGAAGGAGGAGGAGGAGAAGAAGAAUCAGAGAGGCAACAGUAACAACAGCAGCGCGUGCUUGUGAGGAUUUAAUUCACUGGACUUUUUCUCUGCGCGGUUCCAGACAUGAUUCACUGAGUCGACUCAUCAUCACACCGGCAGCUCCUCCUCCACCUCCUCUCUCUGUCCACCAUGUCCCCCCCCUCUCCUCCCCUCCUCUUCUCCCUCCUCUCUCGGCUCCUUCUUCUCCUCUCCUCCUCCCCCCUCCUCUCCGCCCUGGCGGCUCCUCCCCCUCCCCCCUCCUUGUCGGGCAGGACAGUGUUCCGGGCGUUCGACACCUCCCUCACCCACCUCACGGUUCACCAGAGGACAGGGGAUGUGUUUGUCGGCGCCGUCAACCGAGUCCUGAAGCUGUCGUCCAACCUGACGGAGCUGAGGAGUCACAUGACCGGACCGGUGGAGGACAAUGCCAAGUGUUACCCUCCCCCGAGCGUCAGGGCCUGCGCUCACCGCCUGGAGUCUUCAGACAACGUGAACAAGCUCCUCCUGGUGGACUACCUGGGGAACCGGCUGGUGGCGUGCGGCUCCAUCUGGCAGGGAGUGUGUCAGUUCCUGCGUCUGGAGGAUCUCUUCAAACUCGGAGAACCUCACCAUCGCAAAGAACAUUACCUGUCCGGAGCCAGAGAGGCUGAUGGGAUGGCAGGUGUGGUUGUGGGUGAGGAUGACUGGACAUCUGACCCCAAGAAGAAGAAGCCGGCGAAGGGCGGCAGCCGCCUGUUCAUCGGUGCCGCCAUCGACGGGAAGUCGGAGUAUUUCCCGACACUGUCGAGCAGGAAGCUGGUGGCGGACGAGGAGAGCGUGAACAUGUUCUCGCUGGUCUACCAGGACGAGUUUGUCUCCUCGCAGAUCAAGAUCCCAUCGGACACGCUGUCGCUGUACCCGGCCUUCGACAUCUACUACGUCUACGGCUUCUCCAGCCGCACCUAUGUCUACUUCCUGACGCUGCAGCUGGACACGCAGCUGACACAGAUGGACGCCGGAGGCGAGAAGUUCUUCACCUCAAAAAUUGUCCGUAUGUGCUCCAAGGACACGGAGUUCUACUCGUACGUGGAGUUUCCUCUGGGCUGCACCAAGGAUGGCGUGGAGUACCGGCUGGUCCAGGCCGCGUACAAACACAAGCCAGGGCGUCGGCUGGCUCAGGCGCUCGGUCUGUCUGAGGACGACGACGUGCUGUUUGUCGUCUUCUCUCAGGGACAGAAGAAUCGCUCUAAUCCGCCCAGAGAGACCGUCCUCUGUCUCUUCACACUCUUUGAAAUCAACCUGGCCAUGAGAGAGAGGAUCCGCUCCUGUUACCGUGGAGAGGGACGACUCUCGUUACCAUGGUUACUCAACAAGGAGCUGCCCUGCAUCCACACGCCGAAGCAGAUCGGAGACGUGUUCUGUGGUCUGGUGCUGAACCAGCCGCUCGGAGGCCUCAGGGUCAUCGAGGGUCACCCGCUGUACGAGGACCGCACCGAGGGCAUGGGCGCUGUGGCAGCGUACACCUACGGAGAAUACACGGUGGUGUUUGUGGGAACCCGGAGUGGACAACUGAAGAAGAUCCGCGUGGAUGGGAUCCCACCCCCGACCCAGAAUGCUUUGCUGUAUGAGACGGUGACGGUGGUGGAGGGAAAACCUAUUCUCAGAGACAUGGUGUUCAGUCCUGAUUAUCAAUACAUCUACCUGCUGAGUGACAGACAGGUCACCAGACUUCCUGUAGAGACAUGUGAUCAGUACAGCAGCUGCUCAGGCUGUCUUGGAUCUGGAGACCCUCACUGUGGAUGGUGUGUCCUCUUCAAUAAGUGUUCCACACAGGAAGCCUGUGAGAAGUGGGAGGAGCCUCAGCACUUUAACACUCAGCUGGACCAGUGUGUCGACAUCAUUGUUACCCCGAGCAACAUGUCUGUCACCUCACCACCGACGCAGUUGACCAUACGGGUGCAGAAUGUUCCUGCUCUGACCGGCGGCGUCUCCUGCGUGUUUGAGGACCUGAGUGAAAGCAGCGCAGAGGUGAUGGAGGGCGGUCAGGUGGUGUGUGUGUCACCGUCACUGAGAGAGCUGCCCACACACACACACACACACUCCCCUGGUGGGCAGCGUGUGGUUCAGCUCAGUCUUCGAUCCACAGAAACAAAACAGAAAUUCAUCAGCACCAACUUCAUCUACUACAACUGCUCUGUGCUCGACUCGUGUACUUCCUGUGUGAGCAGUGUGUUCCCGUGUCACUGGUGUAAAUACCGUCACACCUGCACCAACAACCUGCAGGACUGUUCUUUCCAGGAGGGACGAGUGAGCAACAUGGAGGGUUGUCCUCAGAUCCUCCCAACCUCUGACAUCCUGGUUCCGGCUGGGAUGGUGCGUCCGAUCACGCUGCGAGCUCGUAAUCUGCCGCAGCCUCAGUCGGGUCAGAAGAAUUACGAGUGUGUGUUUAACAUCCAGGGCAAAGUUCAGAGGAUUCCUGCCGUCCGCUUCAACUCGUCCUGCAUUCAGUGUCAGAACACCUCGUACUGGUAUGAGGGCGAUGAAGUCGGUGACCUCCCUGUGGACUUUUCCAUCGUCUGGGACGGAGACUUCUUCAUCGACAAGCCUGCGUCCAUGAAAGCGUUGCUGUACAAGUGCGAGGCUCAGCGCUCCAGCUGCGGUCAGUGUCUCAAAGCGCCCGCUGCGUUCGAGUGCGGCUGGUGUACGGAAACCAGGAAGUGUCUCCUGCAGCAACAUUGCCCCGCCUCCGAAGACAACUGGAUGUACCACGGUCGACACAACCUGCGCUGUAGCCACCCACGCAUCACCAAGAUCGACCCACUGACGGGGCCUCGUGAGGGCGGGACCCGGGUGACCAUUGAGGGGGAGAACCUGGGUCUUCAGGUGAAGGAGAUCGCUCAUGUGCAGGUGGCCGGCGUCCGCUGUAAUCCCGUCCCCUCACAGUACAUCAGCGCUGAGAGGAUUGUGUGCGACAUGGCCGAAGCGCUCCUCCCUCACUCUCCCGGCGGUCCCGUCGAGCUCUGUAUCGGCGUCUGCAGCGCCGAGUAUCGGACUCUGUCCACGCAGACGUACUCUUUCGUGAGCCCCAUCUUCAGCCGCGUUUGGCCGGAGAAGGGUCCCGUCUCCGGGGGAACCAGGUUAAAGGUGACGGGCCGAUACCUGGACGCCGGCAGCAGCGUCAGCGUUUUCAUCGACAAGGAGGAGUGUUUGUUCGUCAAACGGACCAAUCGGGAAAUAAUCUGCAUAACUCCCGCCUCCCUGUCAGGCUCUGGACCCGCCCCCAUCCGUCUGAUGAUCGACAGAGCUGAGGUGACGAGUUUAGAGACCAAAUAUACUUACACUGAAGACCCGACGAUCAGCGGCAUCGAACCCAACUGGACCAUCCUGAAUGGUAGUACAGUGAUUACAGUAACAGGAACAAACCUGCAGACGAUUCAAGAACCCAAAGUCCGAGCAAAGUACGGAGGAGUGGAAACUAGCAAUUUGUGCUCCAUCGUCAAUGACAGCACCAUGACCUGUUUGGCUCCUGGACUGGUUUACAGUAAACCCCAUCCACCAGAGGGGGCGCUGCGCCCCGAUGAGUUUGGCUUCAUCUUUGACCAGGUGUCGGCACUGCUCAUCCUAAACUCCACCCCGUUCAUGCACUACCCCAACCCGACCUUUGACCCCCUGGGAAACUCUGGAAUCCUGGAGGUCAAACCGGGGUCACCCAUCAUCCUGAAGGGUAAGAACUUGGUCCCGCCCACCCCCGGUAACAACCGUCUGAACUACACAGUUCUGAUUGGAGAGUCUCCGUGUCAGCUGACAGUGUCAGAGAACCAGCUGCUCUGUGAUUCGCCGGAUUUGACAGGAGAGCAGCGAGUCAUGAUCCUGGUGGGCGGUCUGGAAUAUUCUCCGGGAACGCUGCACAUCUACUCGGACAGUGCGCUGACUCUUCCCGCCAUCAUUGGCAUCGGAGCGGGCGGCGGCGUCCUGCUCAUCGCCAUCAUCGCCGUACUGAUCGCCUACAAGAGGAAGACGCGUGACGCAGACCGCACUCUGAAGCGUCUGCAGCUGCAGAUGGACAACCUGGAGAGCCGGGUGGCGCUAGAGUGCAAGGAGGCAUUUGCCGAGCUUCAAACCGACAUCCAGGAACUGACCAAUGACAUGGACGGAGUCAAGAUUCCCUUCCUGGAAUAUCGGACCUACACCAUGAGAGUCAUGUUCCCGGGUAUCGAGGAGCACCCGGUGCUGAAGGAGCUGGACUCUCCAGCUAACGUGGAGAAGGCGCUGCGUCUCUUCAGUCAACUGCUCAACAACAAGAUGUUCCUGCUCACCUUCAUCCACACUCUGGAAGGUCAAAGGUCGUUCUCGAUGAGAGACAGAGGGAACGUGGCGUCGCUGCUGAUGGCCGCUCUACAGGGUCGUAUGGAAUACGCCACCGUGGUGUUGAAACAGCUGCUCGCCGACCUUAUCGAGAAGAACCUGGAGAACAGGAACCAUCCCAAACUGCUGCUGAGGAGGACAGAGUCGGUCGCUGAGAAGAUGUUAACAAACUGGUUCACAUUCCUGCUGCAUCGUUUCCUCAAGGAGUGUGCUGGUGAGCCUCUCUUCAUGCUGUACUGCGCCAUCAAGCAGCAGAUGGAGAAAGGACCGAUCGACGCCAUCACAGGAGAAGCUCGUUAUUCACUGAGUGAAGACAAACUGAUCAGACAACAGAUCGACUAUAAACAGCUGACACUGAUGUGUAUCCCUCCGGAGGGCGAGGCGGGAACGGAGGUCCCGGUGAAGGUUCUGAACUGUGACACAGUGACGCAGGUCAAAGACAAACUCCUGGACGCUGUUUACAAAGGAAUCCCCUUCUCACAGAGACCACAGGCCGACGACAUGGACCUGGAAUGGCGCCAGGGUCGUCUGACCCGGAUCAUCCUGCAGGACGAAGACGUGACCACAAAGAUCGAGAGUGACUGGAAGAGACUGAACACACUGGCUCACUACCAGGUAACAGACGGCUCUUUGGUGGCGUUGGUCCAGAAGCAGGUUUCUGCGUACAACAUCGCAAACUCUUUCACCUUCACCAGAUCCCUGAGCAGAUAUGAAUCGUUGCUUAGGACGUCCAGCAGUCCAGACAGUCUGAGGUCCAGAGCUCCGAUGAUCACACCAGACCAGGAGACAGGAACAAAACUUUGGCACCUGGUGAAGAACCACGAGCACAGUGAUCAGCGAGAAGGAGACCGAGGCAGCAAGAUGGUCUCUGAGAUCUACCUGACCAGACUGCUGGCCACCAAGGGUACACUGCAGAAGUUUGUGGACGACCUGUUUGAGACGGUGUUCAGCACCGCCCACCGCGGCUCUGCCCUUCCAUUGGCUAUCAAGUACAUGUUUGACUUCCUGGACGAGCAGGCGGACAAACGGCAGAUCAGCGACCCGGACGUGCGACACACGUGGAAGAGCAACUGUCUCCCUCUCAGGUUCUGGGUCAAUGUCAUUAAAAACCCUCAGUUUGUCUUCGACAUCCAUAAAAGCAGCAUCACUGAUGCGUGUCUGUCGGUCGUCGCUCAAACCUUCAUGGACUCGUGUUCUACGUCCGAGCACCGACUCGGAAAAGACUCUCCGUCCAACAAGCUGCUCUACGCUAAAGACAUCCCCAACUACAAGAGCUGGGUGGAAAGAUACUACAGGGACAUUUCAAAAAUGUCCAGCAUCAGUGAUCAGGACAUGGACGCUUACCUGGUGGAACAGUCCCGUCUCCAUGGCAAUGAGUUCAACACACUGAGCGCGCUCAGUGAGCUCUACUUCUACAUCAACAAGUACAAGGAGGAGAUUCUGACGGCGUUGGACCGGGACGGUUACUGUCGCAAACACAAACUGAGGCACAAACUGGAACAAGCCAUCAACCUGAUGUCUGGGAGCAGCUGAGAGGAGGAGGAGGAGGAGGAGGAGGAGCAGGAGCAGCAGAAGGAGGAGCAGGAGGAGGAAGAAGAUGAAAGGACUGAUGGAGAAGUUUUGGGCGGAGAAUUCAGGGCAUUUUGUUUUUCUGAACUGUUUGAACAGUCAGCUGAACUGAUUCAUGAUGGACUGAAGUGAUUGCCACAGUUCAAUCCCUCAGUCAUUUAUCUAUCAGUCGAUUGAUUGAUUGAUUGAUUGAUUGAUUGAUUGAUUGAGUGAUUUAGAGAGUUACUGACUGAGACCCCAACUACCUCUGUUUGUUGGUUUUUGGGGCAGGAACUUGUUUUUUUUGGAAACCUUUAUCACGUGAUUUCAACGUGGAGAAAAAACCCCAAACCUUGAUUCAUCUGUGGGUUUGAUUUGAAUCUGCUGGAGGGGUGGACAGGGAUCAGAGCUGUUGAAAAACCAGACUGAGACGGGAUGUCAGGACCAACUGACAGGACCCCAGGAUUCUCAGCCUGGUGUGGAACCUUCUGGAGACUUGGCUGCAGAGUCAAAGGUCGAGGGAACUUUACUGUCAAAGCUACAGAUGUCUCUAUAAGAACAUGGUCUGGUCUGGAAUGUGAAGAACCUGAGCUAAUGAUCGGAAAGGCGCAGCAAAACCACAACAAACGUGAGCUUACCUUAAAGAUGCGAUGAAUCUCAACUCAAGAGUUCCAAAGUUUGAGUCAUGCCAGAAGUUUCUUACCUCAAAAUUAUUCGUGUCUGGAACGAUCCAGAUUCAGCGUCAGAAGAUCAGGUGGAUCUUCAACGAAAGAAGAAUCUCACAUCGUCAGCUAGAAUAUCGGACUCUCCUCUGAACGUCUUUGUAAAGGAUUCAUCGGGAAGUUUUAAGCUUUCAUGAUGAAGGAGGCAGAUGAAUUACGUGGGAAUAGUUGACCUUGGAUUGUUUGGCCAAGCCUCAGCACGAUCUAACAUUUUCUACAACUCUCUCUGGACAAUCACUCUGUACCACAGCACACUGAGCCCGAUGCCUGCUGACCGACCAGUACCUGUGUCCAUACACCCGCCUCCUCCUCGUUCCCUUCCCUCCUCAUUAAUUCUCUUCACCUUUGACCCUGCUCAUUAUUGGUCAGUCGCGCUGGCCUCUGACUUCCUGUUGCUCAAGAAGUCAAUUAAGUAACGUACUGCCCGACCAAUCAAGACUGUGGAUCUCACCAGAGUUGUGAACAGAAAUACAUUCCAGCACAGACUCACAGGUCCAUGAAGACGCAGGUGGAGCUGCUCAUUUUUGGAAGUAAAGACCUCAGUCUUCAUUCUCCAGGACCAGGACCACCUGGAACCUGUGGUUUUGGACUCGCACCAGCUGGGGAACUUUGACUCGGGUUGGUGCAGUUUGUUAAACCCACAUAGAGCCAUGUUUUACAGCGCCAUGCUCGCCGAGCCCAGGGGGAAAUACUGUGCAGAGCUACAAGCCCAGUGCCAUGUAAAGACCGGAACAGACUCGUCAGAACUGGACCGGACUUGGACCAAACAACCCAGAAUAGAGUUUUAUCUGGACCGGACUCAAGAACUCUUUUAAGACUUGUAGCCAUAAUGUAAACAAGAAAAAAAAAAAAAAAGAAAGGUGAUAAUAGUAAUAAUAACAAUAAUGAUGAUGAUGAUGACGAUGAUAAAGUAUAAAAGAAAACAAAAAGAUCGGAAAAAAGAAACUUAAAAAAUAUUCAACGUGUAAUAAGAACUUUGUGGAUGUGACAGUUUGGGUUUUUCACGGCUGAACUUGUAUAAAACUGAACGUUGUGUUACAUCAGAGAGGAAGAACCAAGAGGCGGAGCAACACAGUGGACCCAAACUCCAGAACCAACUCACUGGACCCCAAACUCCAGAACCAACUCACUGGACUCAAAACUCCAGAACCAACUCACUGGACCCCAAACUCCAGAACCAACUCACUGGAUUAUUGUGGUUCGGUUUGAAGUAUGCUUGGCUCAGCUGGACUCUUUGGUACUUAUUAGUUGUGGGUGGAGCUUCAAGUCUGGAGGUUCUGUUUUUUGGGGUUCAGGGGGUGUUCAGUGUGUGUUUCCUGGGGGUGGAGUCUUUGUUCUGAUCAGCUGUUCAUCCUCCAUCAUGAGGAUGAGCCUCAAAUUGUUCAAAAUCGGAAAACAUGUUUGACACACACACACACACAGCUGCACAAUCAUAAAAACACAUUCCAUCUUGAUUUCCACAGUUUUAGGAUUGGCUGUGACUUUGGUUCCACUUCACUAAAAGAUAAAGGUUUUACAGAUUAUUUAUCUUUAACUUGUUUGUUGAUAAAUCAAUAAUAAGGUGUGAUUUUAUUAUUUAUUUAAUAUUUAAACGUCAUAUAUGAUGCAUCUGCUACAUUUACACCUCCAGUCUGAGCAGACAUUUGAUUCCAUAACAGACGAUCACAUGACCUCACAUCAGCUGUCAAAGAGUGUGGAUUAUAAUUUCUGUUUACAACGUUAACCUCGUGAAUAAACUCAUAAUACAUCCUUUCGGAAGACAAGUCUGAUUGUUAAGUGGCACCAAAAAUGAAAUCAUCAAAUGUAACAAUAUAAUCUGAAUCCUGAUUUACGAUCUGUAUCUGUUCACAUGUUUUAAUUUUGAAUCUGGAUUAAGGCAGACACUCUUGAUCAACAACCACAAUCUGUAUUAAAAAUCUGUGAUCUGGAUUAAGUCUGUAGUAAGAAUCUGGAUCUAGAUCAAGACUCUGGAGUAAGAAUCUGGAUCUGGAUUAAGACUCGGUUGUGAAAACCUUCUGAAGCCUCUUUGUCUUUGUGCGAUGAAUCUAAAGCACCUUUUUUUCUUAA